AUGCUGAGGAAAAACUUGAAAUUUCUGAUAUUUUUAAUUAUCGCUUCUCUCGACUCAUCCAAAUCCACACUUCUCAAUCAGUGCUACGAGUCGGGAGACACGUGCAUCCGCUUUGAAAAAGGCCACUUUGAGUUUGUGGACACCGUCCAAUUGACCGGCGAUAAUGUGCCGACGCUCAAAGCCAACUCGAGCACCUCGACCCGCAUUGUGCUCAGCGAGCUGCUGAGUCAUUUGGCAUUCAAUCAUAGUUCAACACUUGCCGCCCUGGUACGCACAAUUUGCUGAAUAAUUUGUGAACCUUCUUCAUUCAGGUGGUGAACGCCGGCUCCCGCGCGAAUGUUCAAUGGAAAAUCUCUCCGGACUCGACAAGCGAGCAUCCGAUUGAGAUUCAAGAUCCAGAUGGAUAUGACAGUCCUUAUGCGAAUGUGACAGUCCAUUGCAUUGACAUUCAAAAUUACGCAGAUGACGCGAAACGGGUGGGUCAUUCAGUCAGUCAUCUCGCAUCUAUCCACUCAUUUCACCCGAAAGGUGCCUCCGGAUGAGAAUCGCACAAAAAAACGUUGUGUGUGUGUAUGUGAAUGGAGAAAAGGAAAUGGGAACCAUAUGGAUGUAAUCUAAUGGUGCGUUACGUGUCUGAGUGUUCGUUUGCAAAUGCGUCAAAGACCUCGUGAAAGACCAACUGCUCUUGUCUUUUAUUUCGAUUAUGCGAGGGUGUAAAAUGGAAGGUGCCGGAUGGACGAUUAAACCGGCGGGGAGAAGAGAAGAGAUGAGGAAAUUGGAUUGUGAAAAGAACAGACAUUGAGGAAAAUAGAGGGGUUGGAAUUUUUCAGCUGCUGGUGGUCCCACCGAAUUACAAUUUUUUCUUCACCAUAAAUGAAACUGUGGAUGGAUGCGUUUCCAGUGGCUUAUCACUCAUUCCGUUUGAGUGGGACUCUGCGAGCCGGUCAAGAAUCCGUGGAAUGUCAUAUUUCACACUUUCCAAUUGCACCAAUGUAAGCGGGCUCUGAAGGAGAAAGAAGUGUUCCCCAGAAGUUUCAGAGUUGUCUCGUUCAACCGGUACCCUCCUUGCUUGUCAGAUUCUGCCCGAACUUUAAUAACAGGUUUGAAAAUUAUCACGUCCUCUGACUAACUAGUUCCACAUUCCAGUAAUUUUCAAGUGAGAAUCGAUCAGGUGGAUGAUUUCAUAGUGGAGCUUUCUGAUGAUCUUCUUGGAAUCAACAUUCAAAGAUUGAACAAAUCUAUCGAAUUCCCAAUCGGCAUUAUGAACUGCUCCUCUUUGAUGGACAAUCCAGAAAUACUCGGAGGUAUGCUAACAUUGACACGUGGCAACAGUUAUCAUUAAUUAAUUCAGAGAAUCCUGUAUGUCUGGGUGACGGUGAGAACAUUGCGGUGAAGUUUGGUGCAAAUCCUAAGAUCGGAGUCUCACACGAAAUGAAAACAAAGUAUUCUAUAAAUUCUGCCUUUGUGAAAUCCGCCAAAAAUGCGGUAGUUCUAUCUGAAUAACUCUUUACGUAAUGAUUUUUGUUCAGGUGUAUCCAAAUUUUACUAUUUCCCACGAAAAAGAAGUGGCCACAUGCUCCAAUGCAACCAAAUUCGAAGUCAAACAGAUAUCUGGCAGCGGAUUCUUGCCUCUGCACUUCGAAUGGACCAUUCUCAAUGGUUCGUUUUCAAAAUCACAUUGCUAUCUCAAUAGUUCUCACAGGAACCGAAGACAUGGAAAAACUUGCCAACUCGACAUCAGAGAGACUUCUGGAAAUACCACGUAAUCACGUUAGUUAUUUAGCGGUUGUCUUACAUGUAAUUGCGUGAUAUUUUCAGCUUUUAACAAGCAACGUCAUAAUUGUGACAGGUUGUAAUCUUGCCGGAAAAUGCACUUCAAGUGAACCUAUAACUACAGACCUUGUGGACGAUGUGUCCAUUUUCUCAGUUUCUAUUGACGGUAACACUUUCAGUGUCAACUAGCCAAAUUUGUGUUUUUUUAUAGGUUAUGAACAAGAAACACCGGCUUCCUUCGGUCUUCGUUUGCAUGCUAAUCCAACUUUCCAACAAUGCAGCUCAAAAUUGGCGCCUAAAAACGUUCAGGUAAAGUCUCAAACAGAAUUAGAAGUGAAUGAUUAAUUUCAGUAUGAGUGGAAAUUGAAUGGAGAAGGUCAGAUGUAUGACGAUGGAUUGAAGCUCCCCGCAUACUCGUAUUCGGUCGAUGAUGUAGUGAAUAUCACUUUGAUAGCAAGAUAUAACCACGAAAAGACUUACUCUUCAAGCACAACCAAAACUAUUCAUGUACGUUUCAGCUUUCGACUCAAUUUCGAAAUGUGUUUCAGUACUUUGGACUUCCAUUGUUGGUAACGUUAGAUUGUGUAGAACGACAGGUUGGAGAAGAUCACGAUUUGCUGAUUCGUGUGUUGGCAGUCGAUCAGAACAGAAAAGAUUCUAGCUUGACAUAUCACUGGGAGUGCAAAAUUAUGAAUGGUAAGAAGAAGUUCCUUCAAGUUAUUUUUUCUUUUUUUUGUACAUACAUCUAGGCAUUAACGGAACUCGCAACUGUGACCUUGGUGAUGUGAAGACUACCAAUGAGUAUAUCAAAAUACCAAGUUCGAAACUCGUACAAAGUUCUAUGUAAGUCAAUAGUCUUUUCCUGAAGGUGUCCCCCUCCAAAAUUUACCUUCGGAUGGUCAAAGUUUUGCCCCAUAACCACUUGAAUCCGAGGGUAACAAUUCGAAAACAUUAUAUGUAAGAAAUAGUUCACAAUCCUUUCAGAAUGAACAUCACAGCUACAGUUUCGACUGGAGACCAAUCGGAUAGUUCCUCUUGUCUUGUAACUGUCGGAUCCACCCAAAUACCGACGGUUUCUUUCUUCCGAUUAGCCGAGAAGAAAGUGAACGUCUUUGAUUACAUCCGUAUUCAAGCUCUUGUCAGUUCAUCAUUCCCGACGUUGAAUGUCACCUGGGAAAUUGUUCGUGAUUCUCAGUUUGGAUUCUUCAAUCUUUCUUCGUUUCUGAACAAUCCAACGACAAUAAUCAAGAACGUUCCGGCCAAAUCCGAUGUUUUUGUGUCAUUAACCAUUCCGCCGUCAAGUUCUCAGUAUAGAUUUCUGUUAUUAAGUUAUUUUCUGAAACCUGUUUUAGAUUUUCCGCCUGGCCCGGUUUGUUGAGUGGAAAGACAUUCGCGAUUCGGCUGUGGGCAACGAAUGAGAAAGGAUCAUCAUUUGCCGAUCUUCAUCUGUCCACGAACUCACCUCCGACUGUGGGAGCAAUUGAUGUAAAAUUUAAAUUACUUGUUAGAUUUCAAAAGAACCAUUACACGUGACCAUUCAGAUAACAGCGGCAGACUACCCGAUGAUUGCUCUGGAAACACCAGUAACAUUCUCAGUAGGCGACGGUUGGAACGACGACAAAGACGAUUUGCCCUUGAGCUAUCAAUUCGGCUACAAGAUUCACUAUUGGAAUAACUCGACGUACGAGUAUUGGGGCUCCAGGAGCACAGUCAAAUCACAUCAGUUUUUUCUACCAUCCAGUAAGUGAACAAAUAUUCGUUCAAAAAAAGAAGCAAAAACUCGUUUCCAGCAACUGGAAACAGUUCUGAAGAGUGUGGUGAACGUGUUGGAAUCACUGCUCUUUUGUCCGUUUGUGACCGUCUUGGGUCUUGUAUCUCCGAAGAGUCGGGAAUUUUUGGGGUUGAACAGUCUGAAAACAUUUCUUUGGCGGCAAUGAAUCUGAUGAGUUUACUGAACACUGAUGUUGUUAAUGGUGAGUUUAUUUUAUUACAACUAAUUGCAGUUCUUAGUUUCCAUUUCCAGAAAAUUUCAUAUCUGCAAUAGCCAAAAUAAACGCAUUGAAUCUGGAACUCUGCACUGAAAAUUUUGAUCAGACUCAAACCGACAAGAUAACAAUGCUUCUAUUUGAGUCAUUAACCGACUCGAGGUUUGUCUUCUGACCAAUUAGUCUUGCAAUGCAUUUUGUUUGAGUGAAAGCGUGGAAUUCCAAGAAGCUUUGAAAGCCGCAUACUCUUUACUUCCUGUUGUCUCCUCGGAAAUUCUCACGGAGCUCAUUCAUGUGCUCUCAAACUACCGCGCAUUGACGUUGUACGGCACUACAACUGGCAAUUCGCGAAAGAAAAGGUCAACGGAAGAAGCAACGACUAAAGUUUAUCAGGCAACCGAGUCCGAAGUGGGAAACAACGAUAGUGAACAUAUGGGUGAAUGAAAUUUUAGGCGAAUGAUAUGUUAAAAGUUUACGAUAUCUUAAUCGGAAAGGACAAACCUGUGGUCGACGUGUUCUUUUUGAAUAUCAAUGAUUUUUUGACCGGAUUUUGUGUUCAGCUGGAUGAAAACUCGAAACGGUUGAUGUCGGCGACGGUAGUUGUUGCAAAAAAUGUCAUGACCUUUAGUAACGAGCUUCAGGGAUCUGGUUACACAACUCUUCAAACUCAGACCAUAAACGUUAACAGAGAUGGAUAUACUGGAAAGUUCAAUAUAAGUGGACCAGAUGGAUUAUCGAACGUUUAUUUUUGUCUUUUAUUCCAAAAUAACGGUAUCAGCUAAUAAUGCUGCUUUCCAGAUCACAUUCUCAUCGUAUUUCGAGUCGUCCUAUGCCUCCUGGACGUGCGGAAGUUCUUCAUCCUCUACUUGUCGUUACGUCUGUCUUGGAACUGCAUGGAUAGCUCACAGUGCCAUGACCGACAAUACCUAUCUUUCCGAAGACCUUUUUACGGACCAAAUUGAAUUGUCUCUGAACAAAAGCGUCUCUGAUCUGCACCAGGUUUGCACUAAGGCGAGAAAGUUUACAUUUUACGUUAUCCAAUUUCAGCUCGGCCUUGUGGAUCCGAUUUCCGGCACAAUGCUCACACCUUCCAACGGCCAGUUCUUAUACUCUGUGGAUAUUGCAGUAUCCAAUUACAAACCGAUCAACUAUUAUAGCGUAUGCUAAAAUGCUAAGCCAAGUUUGGAAGUAUAACCGGCUUUCAGUGUUUUCUAUACAAUCAGAAUAGUGGAUGGGCAUUGAGACAGUGCAUAUCGUCCAACUAUGCAAAAACAGUGCAGGAUAGGAGUUUUGUCACGUGCAAUUGUUCCGCAACCGGAAUCCUUGGGUAAAAUAGUAAGACCUGUAAACUCGGAUCUUGACCAGAUUUUCAGGGUGUUCCUGGUCAACGCCCCGACCCCCGAUCCACUCCCCGAUCACAAUGAGAUUCUACUCUCGUUGAUCAUAGAUUCAGAGGUCACUGCAGAUGAUCUUUCAAAGAUAUUUGCUAGAAUUGCCAAUUUGUCAGAAGUUGAUCAGAAGUUUGAAGUCUCCUUUUGUGAGCAUUAUUAUUCUAGAAUGAUUCAGGCGAUUCGUGAAAGUAGCCAACAAAGGAAACAAAACAAUCCAAGCUACGUUACGGCCUCCAUUCCGAAGUGACCAAAAAAGCAAUAGUGUUGCGGUUCAAUCGAUUCAAAAAGCAGUUGGAUAUCAGAAGAUUUUGAAUGUGAUCACAGUUCUCAAUUUCACCUACUCUGUUGUUAAGCGAGGUGAGCAGAUCACUUCACAUGUAAUGCUUUUGAAUAGUUACCCUUGGAUUCAAGUGGUUACAGGGGCAAAAGUUUGACCACCCAAGUAGCAUCUUUCACCAAGUGAAUAUUUUUUUGAACAUGUUUCUAAAAAAGCCUACGCCAAAAAUGAGGCCGAAUCCCAAAGUUUCAUAGUACUUUGUCUGCCAAAGUCAUGAGAAAACAAAUAUAUGUAUGUAAGAUUGAUGAUUUUUGACUAUUUUACAUAGUUUCUUGAGAUUAUUCGUUAUUUGAGGGCAGAGGACAAAACAGUUCAAUAUUGACAACGUUAGUUUGAAUCUUCGUGUUUUUGUCAUUCAUUUGAUAUACAUCAAGUCAUAUUUUGGACAAUUUUUAUUUUUCGGUUUCAUCUGAAUCCUCAAAUGACUUCUGAAUCUUUUUUAUUUCUGUUUAGAUGAACGUAGCACAUUUUUCUGAUCAUUUUUGCUCUUGGAUGCUUCUCGAUAGCUCCAUCCGUUCUCGAGAUAUCACCGACACCACAGCGCCCAACGGCGUCCGUCGCCAUUAUAUAUACACCCUAUGGGAGAUUGAGCCGCGUGACCAGGGUGGUGUAGGCGGUUAAGCUUGUGCUUAGCAAUCUGAAGACCGCAGGUUCGAGCCCCGCCGAGUGCAAAGAAAUUUGCCUCGGCUAGACACUGAUCGUGACGACUUUCAGACCUGACUGAAGGACGUGGCGACUCCGGAAGUGUGUAAACGGUUCAAACUAAGAGGUUAAAAGGACGACAGAAAGAAGGAUUGAGCUCGGAAGGUAGAAGAAAGAAUUCUAGAGUGAGUUUGAAGGAAAGAAAGCUCGAUCCUGUGGUCUUCACACCGUAAUACCUGAGUCACCCCUUUUUACUAGUAUUGCAUGUAUGUUCAAUGAAAACAGGCAGCUCCAUGUGAGGACAUACACACAAUAAUUGUAAAAAGGGGUGACUCAGGUAUUACGGUGUGAAGACCACAGGAUCGAGCUUUCUUUCCUUCAAACUCACUCUAGAAUUCUUUCUUCUACCUUCCGAGCUCAAUCCUUCUUUCUGUCGUCCUUUUAACCUCUUAGUUUGAACCGUUUACACACUUCCGGAGUCGCCACGUCCUUCAGUCAGGUCUGAAAGUCGUCACGAUCAGUGUCUAGCCGAGGCAAAUUUCUUUGCACUCGGUGGGGCUCGAACCUGCGGUCUUCGGAUUGCUAAGCACAAGCUUAACCGCCUACACCACCCUGGUCACGCGGCUCAAUCUCCCAUAGGGUGUAUAUAUAAUGGCGACGGACGCCGUUGGGCGCUGUGGUGUCGGUGAUAUCUCGAGAACGGAUAUAGCUAUCGAAAAGCAUCCAAUAGCAAAAAUGAUCAGAAAAAUGUGCUCCGUUCAUCUAAAUACAUAUCAAAAAGAUUCAGAAGUCAUUUGAGGAUUCAGAUGACACCGAAAAAAAAUUGUCCAAAAUGUGACUUGAUGUAUAUCAAAUAAAUGACAAAAACACGAAGAUUCAAACUAGCGUCGGCAGUAUUGAACUUUUUUGUCCUCUGCCCUCAAAUAACAAAUAAUCUUAUGAAGCUAUGAAAAAUUGUCAAAAAUCAUCAAUUUUACGCACAUAUCUGUUUUAUUCUCCCGAUGAUGUUGACAGCAAUAAGUUGCAUAAUUUUGAGAUCUUUAAUUUCUUUUUUGAACUUAAAAGAAAUCUUUAAAACUGAUUGAGAUACAAUUUUUUUAACGUAAAAAUUGAAAAUACACCAUAAAUCCAGAGAGAGAGAUAGACAAAAAUUCGUUCGGUGGAACAUUUUACAUUUAGAUGGUCAAACUAUUGCUCCCAUAACCACUUGAAUCCAAGGGUAACAAUUCGAAAGCUUGUCAGUUAAUCUUAUUGACUUUUUUCCUUCUUCCAGAUCUGAAUGGCGAUUCAAACGCUAGAAAGAUAACCUUUAAUUUCCAAAAGUCUUAUCUCACUCAGCUUGGCACCGACGCCGACGAUUAUGCACGGAAAUGGGCACAAACUAUGGCUACCACACUUCAAAUCUCUGAAUACAGAUUCAAAAACUAUAAAGUGUUUUUUGGUUAGUCAUCAGACAAAAACUUGCGGAACCAUGCGAAAUCCUUCCUUCAGGAGUCGUUUACAAUAUCACAGUCACGUUGCCCUUUACAGAUGAAGCAAAACCACUUUCAGCCGAGGAAAUCGCAUUAAUGAUUCAGGUCUUUUGAAAAAAGUGUCUUAAAAUCCGUUUUUCAUUUUCCUUUUUCAGGAAUGUUCAAAGUACGGCGAAUUCGAUUUCCAGUUGUCAGAUGAAUCUGUACAGUCUCGAAGCAUAGCUGACACCGAUAUCGCGAUGCUUCUGGUGAUGCACGGUUAAUACAAAGAUAAUAAUUGCGAAAACAGAUGUUGUGUUUAGAAACCAACUCCCUAAUGCUGGCGCUGAUAGUGGUGCUUUCUGUUGUUCUCGGGUUGGGUACCAUAUUCAUCUGUGGUGCUGUUCUGGUAAAACUUCGAACGGACAAACUGAUUGUUGAGGUCGAAAAUGUGGUCCAUUUACUUAUUAUCAAGAAACUUUUUUCCAGGAACGCCGACGAGCAAACUUGAGUGAACAACAGUUUCAACUGCCACCACCCCCAGAGUAUCCAGUGGACACGACGCCGUUCCACGUUGUCACGGACCAAUAUCGUAAUUAUAAUCUUCUUGAAAAAUUCCCUCAACCCAAACUGUUUUCAGCACUCCGACGACAAAGAGCAGAAGUUCGUCAGUUUUGA